AUGUCCUCUUCGGCAGGUGGCCUCAGUCCUGCGCAGUAUCACCAAUCACAACAAGCUGGACCUUCCCUACCCGGAGCGGCUGCACCCGGACUGGCAUUGAGACAUACCAACGUCUCCAACCCUUCUUUCAUCGAACACAAACCUUCGCUGCAAUCUGUAACGGCUAGCGAGGACUACUACUCGCUUAGCGGAGGUAGUGGGGAGUCUACGUACUCGGCGGAAGUUGCUGCUAGCCGCGGCUCGGCGAACACGAUCCAUCGAUUUCGGACUCCGCCGAGCAGGUACAGGACGCCGUUGCAGAGUCGGGAUUAUUUACCUGUUGCCAGUGGAGAGGGUGCUGGAGCGGUGGGUGAUGCUGCGGAAGAGCCGGAGCUCAGGAAGACGCCUAUGAGGGGCCAGGGACGACGGAGACAGAGUUCGGAGGAGAGUCGAGGGACCGGGGUGGGUUUGGCGACUACUGCUGUUGCCGCGGCACCUGUGCUGAGGGAUGGUGGGAUUCGGCGGAAGCCUGUACCAUCGACGGUCAUGGAGCAGACGGGUCGAGAAGAUGAUUGGCCUAGGUCGGAGGAGGAGAUCGAUCCGGUGCAUGCUAGGAGUUCCGUGGCGAGGGACUUGGAUCGUGAAAGGUCGCCGCCGACGCCUGGGGUGGAUGAUACGCCGUUUAUUCGCUUUGCGCUUGAUCAGCUUACGCGGGAUGAGGAGGUGAGAGGCAGCCGUAACUACAGGGGGCUCGGCAGCGGUGUGGAUGGGAACUAUCCUUACCUUCUUCCCGAAGCGCAAGCUACACCAGCUGUGCCAAUGGCUGUAGCGAGUAGUGACAGGAAAGACCCUCGCGGUCCACUCAUGGAGCAAGAGCGCAGACGAACACCGCCUUUCACCCAAACCCGCAACCACGAACCCCACAGCCUCGACGCCGGCGCAGCAGCACUUCCACUCGUCGCCGGCCUAGCAGCAAAAGACAUGCAGCCCUCCCAAAACCCACCUCCACGCAACCCCGCGCGCAUCAGCGAUAUCCCCAUCGGCGCCGCCCAACCCUACGGCACGCUCCAACCCUGCCGCGAACCAAGCGACGACCGCUUCCUCCCCCUCGCCUCCGACCACAACCAAGGAACGCACCAACGCCUGAACUUCCUCCCCGGGAUCCUGCGACCCCUACGUCUGAUCUUCUACCUCCUCGCGAUCCUCGCCUACCUCAUUUGCCUCCUCUUCUCCGCAAUCUACAGUCUCAUCCACACCGGCUUAGCGGAUUACGGAUCUUUUGGUGAUGGGCGAUACUUCGUUUUCGAGUAUCUCCCCACCCUCCUCGGGAUCUUGCUAUUCUUCUGGACUGUGCAGGUCGAGGUGGCGGUUUACCGAAUCGCGCCAUUCAUAGGCAUGGCGUCGCAAUCACCACGUUCUCGACGCGCGGGCGCGAAAUUGCCGCUUGUGCCUAAGGGAUUCAUGCUACCGUAUUUCGGCCACUUUGGUGCUGGACUGGGUGCCGUGGGCUUCUUUGUCGUGGUGGCCUGGCUCCAGAUCUGGAGUAUUCCGCUCCUGGCUAGCAGCUUCAACGUCUACUACCAAGGCUCUCCGGCUGCGGGACAGUGGCGGUGGAUCGCUACGCAAGGCGCGAUCUGGGUCGCUAUCGCGAUCUACCUCCUCCUUUUCAUCGCUGCAUUGACGCUGCUAGCAUGGUUGAAGCUCGGCCGAAGAACGACGGGCUUGCGGUGGGACCCGAAGAGUUUGGGUGACAUGAUCGUAUUGCUUGAGAGGAGUAAUGCGUUGGAUCACCACAACGACGCACAUCACGAUGCCGAGCCGCCGCAAUUGGGCUACUGGCGCACGAACGCCAGGCCGAACGAAGUCAUGCAUACCUAUGGCUUCGCCGACAAAGCCGCAAGGAGAUACAGUAUCGACAACGGCCGGAUCCUUGAGAAAUCCCCCUUACCCCAACAUAUCUCUAACCCACGCAUGUCAGCCGAACCCCAGGACCUCGAAAGCGGCGCCGGAGCCAACGACCAGCGCCAUAGCCGUGAGAAAAUGCUACCUCGACGGAGUGAAGACGGCGAAGCCUCCUCUCAUCAUGGCAACGGCACCGCGCUCCCCUGGUUCCUCCGCCCUUCGCUCGCAGCACUUUGGAUCAUCAUCGCUAUCGUCCUCCUCCUCGCCUUCCUCAUCGUCAGCUACCUCCCCUCCACGCGCGUGGGCUCCGGUUUCGCCCCCGACGUGCCCGCUCCAGUCAACACGAUGGGUUUCUCCGCCACAAACUUCCUCUACUCUUUCCUCCCCGCCUUGCUAGGAAUGCUCUGCUUGCUGUUCUGGCUCGAUAUCGAUUACAGUUACCGUCGACUUCAGAGUUUCGCCGUCUUGGCUACGGAUGAGGGGGAGGUAGCGGAGAGAUCCCUUCUCCUGGCUUAUCCUUCCGAACUCCCUGGUAUCGUGACAGCGACAGCGGCCGUGAACGGUCAUUGGCGUAUCGCUAUCAUCUCAUUCGUCAGCCUCAUCGCCGCUACGCUGCCGAUCCUCGCCGGAGGAGUCUUCUGGGCUCAAUUCUACAUCCCAGCGCAACGCACGCGGAUCUCGGCGCAGAUGCCGGGUUUCUACGCCCUGACCUUCUUCUGCGUGGUCUACGCUCUGGCGUUCUUCCUCGUUUUCCCUAGUCGGAGUUUACGACGUGCUUGUUCGACUUUGGGGCGGGAGGGGAUCAAGGCGAUGAGUUUUCGGGAUGUUUUGGCGCUGGUGAGGGGGAGUAGGAUUCUGGAUGAUGUGGCCUUUCAUUCUGCGAGUUCUAAGACGGAUUUGGUGACGAGGUUGCUCAGUGCGGCGCCUGGGACCGUGGCGGGCCCGGCGAGGAUCUCGCAGCAUCAGGAGGGGAUGGCGUCGAAAGUUUCGGUUGCGGAUAGUGUUAGGGGGUUUGGGAGGGCGAGGCAGCAGGCGGGUGUUCAAGAUGGUGGUCGUGCUGGGGGUGCUGGGGGCGGUGUGCCGAGAUAUGUGCUUGGAAGGCAUUUUGGACGGGAUGGGAGGGAGUUUGUUGGGGUUGAUCGGGUACGGUGA